AUGGAAGAAUCAUCUGCAGCAGCCAACUCUGGCGAUGAAUUACCAGCUUCAUCAUCAGCAGGAAGGCCACCAACUACCUCUUCUUUCUCGUCAUCACCUUCUUCUUCUUCUUCCUGUCCAAGAGGCCACUGGAGACCCGCCGAAGACGAGAAGCUGCGGCAGCUGGUCGAGCAGUACGGUCCACAGAACUGGAACUCCAUCGCCGACAAGCUCCAAGGCAGAUCAGGGAAGAGCUGCAGAUUGAGGUGGUUCAACCAACUGGACCCGAGGAUCAACCGACGGCCUUUUACGGAGGCGGAAGAGGAGAGGCUGCUGACGGCCCACCGCAUCCACGGCAACAAGUGGGCCCUCAUCGCCCGCCUCUUCCCGGGCCGGACCGAUAACGCCGUCAAGAACCACUGGCACGUCGUCAUGGCUCGCAAGCAAAGGGAACAACACUCCAAACUCCCCCACCACCAACAACAGCAAGCAAAGACGACGACAUGGUCAAUCAGCACCUCCAACCACAACGUCAAUGUUAACAAUAGAGUGAUAUUCUCGCUCUCCCCAUCUACCGUUAACUCGUCGUUGUCGUCGACAAGCUGCCGCUCCUCCGAUAAUAACUGUAACUGGAGGCAGCAGAAGCCAUUGAUGAGAGAGUACUACUACUCGAGUUAUUGCUCGAAUGGUGGUGCUACGACUACAACUGCAACUACGACUAAUAAUUUGUCUAGAUUUUACCCUAGUUCGCGAUCCGAAAUUGGGGAGGCUAUUUAUGGUGGUAAUCAUACUAUCAGUACUGUUAUUAAUAGUAAUAGUUCGAGCAGCAACAACAACAACAAUAUUAAUGGCUGUGGGAGCUUGUGGAGUUGGGUCGGGUCGUGUAAUAACCGGACGGCCUGCAGAGUGGUUCCCAGCCCCUUUGGCUACUUGAAGGUCAGCGAUGACCAUGAAGAGAAUAAAGAUAAUGUUAAUAAUGGUGGAAGCAAGAUGAGGAAGAAGGGAUUAGGGGAUGUUGUUCAUCAUCGAGAACGAGAAGAAUUAUCGUCGAGUAAUGAUGGAUUUCAUAAUCAGAUGAUGAAGAAGACAAUGCAUGAAGAAGAAGACGAGGACGACGAUGGAGAAGAAGCUGUUCCUAGCUUCAUCGAUUUUCUUGGUGUGGAUAUAUCUUCUUCUUGACCCUCCAUAUACUAAUCUUUAGCUUGCAUAAUAUAUAACCUUCUUAUUUUUUUUGUUUUGAUUCAAAAGACACUACUC